UUUUUUUUUUAAUGAUUGGGGCAAAUGUAGUUCAGGAGAGUAAGGCUGUGAUGUGAAAGUGGAUAGGGGAAUGUGUAUGAAUGGAGCUGAGGCUGAAACUCCACCUCCCAGUGAGAAUCCCCUAUUAGAGCAUUAGGGACCUGGCAAGUAGGAGACACAAGGAGAGGCAGCUCCCACACUCCACAUCUCAUGCGGGACAAACAGGGUUACUCACUGACACAACUACAAGCAAUGUCCUAGGGACCUGUCCUCAUCGUCACCUAUUCUUCCUGGCUGUGGAGAUCCUGUAGAAGCGCAGGAUCCCCGGGUUAAGGAUCUGGACAGCAGAAUUGAUCUUUUCCUGGAACAAGGACCUUUCAGUGGGUUGGAGUGGAGCAACCUUCACUACAGUGAUCAGAUGGGGUCAGAUGUGCGGGAUAUGAAUGCCCUUCUCCCUCCUGUCUCCUCUCUGUCCGGGAACAGCAGCUGCAACAUGCCAGUCAGCAGCAAUGGUCAGUGGGCACCGGUCCUGGACUUCCCCCCGGGGGCACCAUACACCUCCCUCACCUCGCACUCCUUCAUCAAGCAGGAGCCCAGCUGGAACCCGGACCUGCACGAGGACCAGUGUCUCAGCGCCUUCACUGUCCAUUUCUCCGGCCAGUUCACUGGCACUGCUGGGGCAUGCAGGUAUGGGGCAUUCGGGGCGCCCCCUCCAAGUCAGGCACCCACUGGGCAGGCCAGGAUGUUCACCAAUGCCCCUUACCUGUCCAACUGCUUGGAGAACCAGCAGAGCAUCAGGAACCAAGGUUACAGUGCAGUGGCUUUUGAUGGGACCCCAAGUUAUGGUCAUACUCCAUCUCACCAUACAGCGCAGUUCUCUAACCACUCCUUCAAACAUGAAGAUCCCAUUAGCCAGCAGACGUCUCUGGGAGAUCAGCAGUAUUCCGUGCCUCCUCCAGUGUAUGGCUGUCACACCCCUACUGACAGCUGUACAGGCAGCCAAGCUCUUCUACUGAGAUCUCCAUACAACAGUGAUAAUCUCUACCAAAUGACCUCACAGCUGGAAUGUAUGACAUGGAAUCAGAUGAACUUGGGUAGUUCUCUGAAGAGUCAUGCGGCAACCUAUGAAAAUGACAGUCACAGCGCUCCAAUGUUAUAUAGCUGCGGAGGUCAGUACCGGAUACACACGCAUGGAGUGUUUAGAGGCAUACAAGAUGUCAGACGUGUUCCUGGAGUGACCCCAGCUAUCGUCAGGUCAGCAGCAGAAACCAAUGAGAAGCGGCCUUUCAUGUGUGCAUACCCUGGAUGUAACAAGAGAUACUUUAAGCUGUCCCACCUGCAGAUGCACAGUAGAAAGCACACAGGUGAGAAACCAUAUCAGUGUGACUUCAAAGACUGUGAGAGGAGAUUUUCUCGUUCCGAUCAACUGAAAAGGCACCAAAGACGACACACAGGCGUUAAGCCCUUCCAGUGUAAAACAUGUGAGAGAAAGUUCUCCAGGUCUGACCACCUGAAGACACACACCAGGACUCAUACAGGUAAAACAAGUGAGAAGCCUUUCAGCUGCAGGUGGCCCAGCUGUCAGAAAAAGUUUGCCCGGUCAGACGAGUUAGUCCGUCAUCACAACAUGCAUCAAAGAAAUAUGACCAAGCUGCAGCUCGCGCUUUAGGUGGUGGGUCAAAUGCCCAUUGGACUUAAACAUCUACUGUAUAAUAUAUAUAAAGCUUCAGGCUCGCCCAAUCAGAGAGCUCCUCUGAUGAUAACGAAGAGAUGGGAUUCUGUUCAGCCGUCGUACAUGAGGGAUGACCUGCUUGAGAAGAAGACUGUUCAUCUGUAGGACAGAAUGGCUAGUAAAUGAUUGAGUAUUUGGCAUCAUUAUCUCUGUGUCGUGUGUAAACCCUAUUUUACUUAUUUAACUUGCGGGGAUGUGAUGCAGUCUGCAGCAUGAACAACAAAUAUAUAAAGGUAGCAGUGUUUUAGUGUUAUUGUGUUGUGAGGUAUCAAAGCCUCCGCUUUUCCAAUGAGGAACAAAGCAAUGAUCCCCGUUCAUAAUUUUUUAUUGCCGACGUUCAACUUUAACAUGUAACAGUAUAAGAAGAAAAGGAUUAUAGCACCUUAAUAAUGUAUAAAAUCUUGAAAAGCAAUUAAACGUACUUUAAUAUGUUACAUAUAUGGUAAUUUGGGGGUGGGGUGGGGGGCUCCAACAAUACUUAGUGGGAGAUGUAUCAGAGAUUAGAGAGAGAUAAAGUACCAACCAAUGAGGUCCUGUCAUUUUUUACAGACUGUGUUUGAAAAAUGACAGAAGCUGAUUGGUUGAUAUUUUAUCUCACUCCACUUUAUCUCUUUCCAAGCUUUGAUACAUCUCCCCCUUAUUCUGCCCUUUGAACACACACAGGGAUCUAUUUACUAAGCCUUGAAUGGAGAUAAAGUGGUUGGAGAUACAGUCCCAACCAACCAGCUCCUAUCUGUCAAUUUUCAAACACAGCCUGUGACAUGACAGUUAGGAGCUGAUUGGCUGGUACCUCAUCUCCGUCCACUUUAUCUCCAUCCAAGGCUUAGUAAAUAGAUCCCAGUGCCUGCCUCAGCACUUGGCCUAUGCACAGAGACAGCCAGAGAUUGUCUAUGUAGUUAUUCUCUGUAGGACCAGUACCUUGGCUUUAGAACCUCUGGCCACACAUGGACUAAUCCGGCUGCUCUUCUGGGGGCAAAUUACAGGAACACCUUUCAACUGAGCUACACACUUUUGGGCUGAGUAGUCACAUGCCUUUGGGGCCAAUUAGCAUGUAACUGCAGUUAAUAGUCAUCUGUGAAUGAUUUACAAAUGUCACAAAAUGAUCCAUCCGUUUGGCUUGUGCACAAAAUUUGGGGACCAGAACCACAUCGAUAUCAAACCAUUUUCAUAAUAUUGGUGUCAGAAAGAGAUUUGGCAUGCAGGGGUCAAAAAAACAUUGUGCGGUAUAAAUAGGUAUAUUCACACAUAUGCAGACCUGUACACAUCUCAAGAUGUGCCUGCAUCUGCUUGUGAAGCAUAGGCGCCUGCUUUGCUACAUGUCGUCAUCGUCCUAGAGUUCUUGCACUUACCCAAUGCUGGGUGCAAAAGAUACAAUUCCAAAAAGGUGUAUAUUCAUUGGUGUCUAUGUCUGCAUAGGAUGCAUUUGCGUGGACACACCCUACCUGAGCUUUGUCUACAGGAGAACACCCCUUCACAGACAACCGUCAGUUCUGCCUCAGCGGUCGUAAGUGUAGCUGAGAACAAAAUGCUGAGGACAUUGCAAUACUUGUGUGUGGCAAGUUUUGGAGCAUGCACAGAUGCAUUCUGGAAAUCGGCGUACAUUCAACUCUGCAUAAGUCCCUUAAUGUUAUAAUCAAAAAAUUACACUUGUUUCUUAAGGGCAAUCCAGGUCCUGAUAUAUCAAGAAUCACAUUUUUUCAGCUUUAAACGAAUUAAUUUCAAGUUCAAGAAAGAUAAAUAGAAAAUAUAUGUGGGACAUAAUACAAAAAUAAUUAAUGACAUAUGAAAUAUAACACUACAUCUAAUAAGAAUUAGGCAAAUACUGGAAGGAAACCUAAAUUAUUACUCAGCACCUUACUGCCAAGAAUCUUUCAUAGGACGAGAAUCACUGGCAUUUUCCUAAGAGUAACUUGGAAUGUCCUAAAAUCCUUAGGAGAGUAGGAUCCAGGGUUCAUUUUCAGAAUAAAAUUAUAUACGGGUGUACGUAGGAUUCCCUACUCAGAAACCCUUCAAUCAAGAUGGCUCCGAAAACCCCCCAACAAGAAUAAAGUACAUAAUAGUUACUGUUUCAUUAUAAUGUUGUCAUAUACAUGUAGACACAGGGGGUAAUUCAGACUUGAUCGUAGAGGUGCUAAAUUUAGCACAUCUACGAUGACUUUCACAGACAUACUGGGGGACGCAGCCGCCGCGGCCCGCCCCUCCCCCGCAUGGUCCUGCGUUGCCCGGACCGCGCCCCCAACAUGGCAGCCCAUCGCCGCCGUCCCGCCCCCUCCCCUCAGGCAGAGGCAAUCGUUGGGCUGAGAUGCCGAUUGCAUCUCUGCCAUGCGCCGGUGCACUGCGGGCACUGCACAUGCGCAGUUCAGACCUGAUUGCUCACUGUGCGAAAACGCAUAGCAGUGAUCAGAUCUGAAUUAGUCUCAUGGUCACCAAGUGUCUUCACCUGCAGUCACUGUGAGGAACACUACUACACUACUUAAUAAGGAUGUGUAGUGAAAGACAAGUAGAUGCAAGAUGCACACAAAAGCAACUAACAUGCUAAACGAUAUAUGCUAUACCAUUAUAUGCAUUUUAUUACUUUAACUUGAAUAAUUGACAAUGUUGCAUGAGUCUUUGAGAACCUCAGAUGUUCUCCCCUGCCUGAAAAAUUCUGCAAUGGUUGGAGGCCACCUGGUUUCAUGGCUACCUCUGAUGGUUUUUAGUGUUGCAGUCCCGCUGAUAAAAGCUGUUUAUCCAGACAGCCUGACAGUGACAGCUUUUUCUGGAAGACCUAUUCACAGAACAUUAGGGGAUGCAUGUGACCCUCUCCUAAAACCAGAAACCUUGGUGAGAUAACCUGAAUUGCUAUAUAUUCUACAUGACAUAUUGAAAUUUGUUUAGAAAUAUGCUUUGUGUAUUAUCCCUUUCUCUUCCAAAACUGUUGAUACGACUGUUAAAAAUAAUGUCCUGCAUUCAGUUAUACCUCAGUUAUUUUUGGGGAAUACAUUUUGAUAAGUGUGUCCUCUCUCUAUCUACUGAUGAAUCUACUGAUCUUCAGUCAUGGAGACAUCGCUGGUUCUAUUUUUCCACUUAUGCAAACCUGGUCCUGAGAGGCUUGUGACACAAGACGGGCGACGUACGAAGCCUUGGAGAGAGAGAAAGUAUCAACCAAUCAGCUCCUAACUGCCAUGUUACAGACUGUUUUUGAAACGUAGAAGCUGAUUGGUCAAUACUUUAACUCUCUCCACUUUAUCACUCCCCAACUUAGUACAUCUGCCCCAAAGGUGUGUUAAACUAAAAUUUGUCUUCAUGUGAUCAUGAGAUACUAAACACAUUUUAAAGUGUGGUAUUAGCACUGAAAAUCAAAUUAUUUAGGGGGAGAUUUAUCAAAGCUUGGAAAGAGAUAACGUGGCGAGGUAUGAAGUACCAACCAAUCAGCUCCUGUGAUUUUUCAAACACAGUCUUUAACAUGACAGUUAGGAGCUGAUUGGUUGGUAUGUUAUCUCUCUUCAAGCUUUGAUAAAUCUUCCCUUUAUUAAUUGGUGUUAUUCAGAAGAUUGAAUCAGAAUUUAACUAUGACAUUGGUUGCAGAGUCCAUGUUUCAAUCCAUCCCAUGUUGCCAAGAGUACAUGUCUUUUAAUAUGUUUCACCAACCUACGUUUCAUACUGGCUGGAAUACAUCUCUCUUUUGUAGAUGACCAACUGUCAUCUACAUUUGCAUCAUCAGAAUAGUAGUUACAUAAAAGCUGGUGUGCUGAAGCUUCAUCUUCUAUAUCUUAGUAGGCCCCAGUGAAUGUUAGACAGUCUAGAACUCUGUAAUGCAAUGUAAUUGGUUAAUACGGUAAUCAUGCCAUACUAGAGUGUGUCUAAUUUUUAUGGGGCAAUAUAGGAGUCCAAGAUUUUGCAGUUCCAAAACUGCAUAAUGUGUUAGCGGGUGGGAUUUUUUUUAUUUUUUCUUAUUGAAUGGUGUAUUGAAGAAUUAUAUUUUGUAGACUUUAAUUUAUUUUACAGCUUCGGAAUGGGCGAUAUGCCAAUAACAUGCUUGGGGACCAAACUGGCUUUCCAUUUAUUACAUGGCACAAAAUUAUCUCCGGAAUGUUUCAGACUUCUGUCUGGGAAGAAAAUGGUAAAUGUUGCUGACAAUAGCAGCACAAUACCCAGAGUUCUCUUGGUGAAAUGUCAUCCAAGUAAAUGUCCAUUUACUGUCAUGGAUUUCAGAGGGAAGUUGUCACGUUCAAUUCAUGGAAGCAGUUUGACAUUUGUGAACAGUGUAAAGGCUUCACUGGUUUGGUGGCCAAUAAUUGUACAUAUGCUGCUUAAAUGGUAAUAAAAUGUAAUGAACAUG